GCCCGAAAGUAAUGUCGACUGAACAGAAAGUGAAAGGUAAAAGGUCUGAGCGUGCUCAACCCUAUGAUAAAGGACAUAGAAGGAAACAGCCAGGAAAUCAGUCCUCCAGUGCUGCCAAGAAAUAUGACGACUGUUCGCCGAUUGUCCAAGCAUUUUACACAUAUCAGGCUGACCUAGACAAGAAGCAUGAUCGUUACGAGAGGCUGGUAAAACUGAGCCGUGAUGUCACCAUCGAAAGCAAGAGAGUCAUCUUCCUGCUGCAAAGGGUGUCUGGAUCUGAAGAUGAAGAAGCUGAGAAUCUCCUGAAGCAAGCCCGAGAGAAGUUACAUGAGCUUCGUCAGUCUAAAUGUCGAUUAAUUGCUCGGGAACUGGCUGGAGAAGACCCCUACCAGUUUCUGCGAGCCUAUUCCCCAGGUAUUCAGGAAUACAUUGAGGCAGUGACCCUAUUACACUAUCUUCAGGAUGAAACUUUGGUUAGUCUGGCUGAAGUCUCCAAAGAUCUACAUUUUAAGCUGGAACCCGAUGACAACUGUGAUGACAGUGGAACUGCAGUUGAUGACCCAGAGAAGUCAGUCAGUGUGUUUGUAUCCCCAGUAGACUACAUGCUGGGUAUUGCUGAUCUCACUGGAGAGCUCAUGCGUAUUGCCAUAAACUGCAUUGGAUCAGGGGACAUAACUUCUCCUUUCAAAUUGUGUGUUUUUCUACGCACUGUCCACAGGGCUUUCAUGUCAUUUGAAAAUAGCUCCAGAGAGCUAUCCAGGAAGCUGACUGUUUUAAGACAGAGUCUGAAGAAGGUGGAGACAGCAUGUUAUACUCUCCAGGUGCGGGGAUCAGAGAUCCCGACCCACAUGUUGAUAGAUGUGCUGAAAACAGACCCUGGACCCUAUACAGCGGAUCAUGGCGAAAUGCUGGACAACUGAGAGGGUUCCAUCUUAUAUGAUGAAUUGAAUUGACAAUCUGAUUAAAAUGAAUUCAGAUGUAAAUUGCUGUGCUAUUAAAUAAACAUCCAAGACAAAAGAGCUUCUUCUCUCAUCGUAGCUGGUCUGGCCGCCGUUGUACAGGAGAAAUAUUCUUGAGUAUGAUGUGAAACAUCAUUCAAAUAAAUAAAUAAAUCCAAGGUGAAAGAAA